AUAGUAGGAGGCUUGGAAGUCAAUAAUAAUGCUAAGGUAUUAUAAAGCUUUUCAUAAUAUUAAUUUCUGCCAUUGGUUUUCUAGAAAUUCCUCUUUCCUUGCACACCAGCCUCGCACUUCAUUUGCUGUAACCUUCUUCGGUCUACAAGCCCACCUUCAGAAAACAAAGCUACGCACUUCCUGGCUUGCGCUUGUCCCCUUAUUUUGUUGCUAUCGCCGACUCGGCACCUUUCUGCUUCUAAAUCCUAGUGUUCACUUUGCAAAAUUUAUUUAAAAAAAAAAAUGAAAUUAAAAAAAUAUUAUUCAGCAGUUUCUUUGUCAGUGUGAAAAAUCAAUUCCUCUGUUCCUUCGUUUUUUUUUUUCUUUCACUUUGCAUAAUUAAAGGAAAAAAAAAAGGAAUUAUAAAGCAGUUCCAUUAAAAAAAAAAAAAAAUUAGUUUCUCUGUUGGUGUGGAAAGUCAGUUUUCUCUUUCUUCGUUUUCUGGGUUUUUGUUUGUUUUCUUUGUCAUAUAUUUACCGGUUUGCUCUCCUCGUUUGUUUUGAUUUCUCUGUUGUAGCUGUUUUUCAUUUCUUACAAACCUUGCGUUUUACUUCGCCAAAAAAGAAAAAGAAACGUACUUCUCUUGCAGCUCCACUCCUCCAAGUCAGCAUCGCAAAAGAUAUUACUACUCUAAUAUAAUAUAUAGAACAAAAAACAAAAAAAAGAAGGAAUAGACUGCACCUCAAAGUACAACUUGAGCUCGUUUAUAUCCACUACCAAUCAUCUCUGCAGGAAAUCAGCAUGGACUUUCUUAUGGCGGUUGGUUCAAAAAUUUGCGAGUAUACAGUUGGUCCAGUUGCCGGUCAACUGGGCUAUAUCUAUCACUACAAAAGAAAUGUGGACAACGUCAAGUCUCAAAUUCAGCGUUUGGAAGGUGAAAAAGCCAGGAUGGAGCACUCUAUUGAGGAGGCUAGAAGAAAUGGCGAAGAAAUCGAACGUGCCGUGGAGGAGUGGAUGAAUGAAGUAACUGGGAUCCUUAAAAAGGCUAAUGAUGAAUUUUUUAAAGAUGAAGAUUAUGCAAUGCCUCUGUGUUCAAGCAAGUUCUUUCCGAAUCUGGUAUCACGAAGGCGGCUCAGCAAGAUAGCAAACUCCUUGGCAGAAACUGCUGGUGAUGAAAUGCAACGAGCAAACACAUUAAUACAAAAGAUUUCUUACCGCGUCCCACCACAGUCGGCUGCCAUUGAAAUGACCAAAGGAAGCUACAUGAUUUUCCAAUCAAGAACCUCCAUCUUCAACAGAAUUUUGGAGGCAUUAAGGAAUCCUGAUGUCAAGAUGAUUGGAGUUUAUGGUACGGGCGGUGUUGGCAAAACCAUGCUUGCUAAAGAAGUUGCCAGAAAAGCUGUUGACGAUGACAAGCUAUUCAAAAAGGCAGUUAUAGUCACUGUAUCUCAAACUCCGGACCCCCACAAGAUCCAAAAAGAAAUUGCAGAUCAGCUAGGUCUAAAGUUUGGUGAUAAUGAGGACGACAAAAAUGUAAGAGCAAAACGACUACGUCAGCAACUGGGGCGAGAAGAGAAGAUGUUACUAGUCAUAGAUGACAUCUGGGAGAAAUUGGAGUUGUAUGAAGUUGGGAUAGCUUUUGGAAAUGAUAGUAAAAAUGACUCUAAGAUUCUUCUCACCUCUAGAUCUCUAGAUGUGGUAUGUAAUGAUAUGGAUGCUGCUAUGAAUUUCCCCAUUGAUGAUUUACCCUCGGAUGAAGCAAAAGCUUUGUUUGACAAAAUAGUGGGUGAUAAAUCAAUCCAAAACAAAGAUAUACAGGCUUUGGCGACUGAGAUUGUCAAAGAAUGUGGAGGUUUACCAAUUGCCAUUGCGACGGUUGCAAGUGCGUUGAAAAAGAAAGCCUAUCCUAUUUGGAGUAAUGCCUUGCAAGAGCUAAGAAGAUCUGCCCCAACCAACAUCAAAGGCAUGAAAAAAAAUGUGUAUUCCAGCAUAAAGUUGAGUUAUGACUUUUUAGAAAGUCAUGAAGCAAAGUCAUUACUCUGGAUUUGUAGUUUACUUCCUGAAGAUGCACUGAUUGAGACCGAGUUCUUGUUGAAGUAUGUUAUGGGGCUGCCGGAACUAUUUCAAGGCAUCACAAACUUAGAAGAGGCAAGAAUGAAAGUGCUUACACUGGUUGAUACUCUCAAGGCUUCUUCUUUGUUGUUGAAUGUUGGUUCCAGAAAGGACAUAACAAUAAUGCAUGACGUAGUUCGUGAUGUUGUCAUCUUAAUUAGAUCUGAAGAACACAAUAUGUUUUGUCUUAGAAAUGUUGUUGAGCUGGAAGACAAUAAAAAACUCAAAGUCGCAACUGCAAUUUCACUUUCAAAUUUUGAGGAUGAUGCUUAUCAACUUCCAAAAAGCUUAGAGUGUCCGGAACUUAUGUCUUUUCAUAUCUGGAAUCCAAGUUUCUGGAGGAAUCGAAACAUCCAAAUCCCAGACCAUUUUUUUGAAGCAACGAAGGAGCUUAAAGUUUUACAGUUGACUUCUGUAUGUCUAGAACCGCUACCUUCAUCUUUUGAAUUCCUUGAAAAUCUUCAUACUCUGGUUUUGAAUUGGUGUGAGAUAGAAGAUGUGGCUUUAAUUGGAGAGUUAAGGAAUCUAAAAAUUCUUGACCUUGCACAUUCCCGAAUUGGGAAUUUGCCAGGACAAAUAGGACAAUUGACUCGUCUGCAAUUAUUAGAUUUGGGCAACUGUUCCAAACUUGAAGUGAUUGAAUGCAAUGUCAUAUCAAAUUUAGUACAUUUAGAAGAACUGUAUAUGCUCAAGAGUUUUACAAGAUGGGAGAUUGAAGGAUGCCACUCUGGAAGAAGAAAUGCUAGUCUUAUGGAGUUAAAGAAUUUAUCUAGACUGACCACUUUACAUUUGCACAUACCAGAUGUCAAUGUUAUGCCAAAAGACUUGUUUAGUGUGAACUUGAAGAGAUACGACAUAUUAAUAGGAGAAAGACCAACACAGUUGGACAAGUCCUUUGCUCGAAGAAAGCCAGCUUCGAGAAAAUUGGAACUAAUUGAGCUCAAUCUAAGCAGACUGACAGAAUUUCAUGGUCUUGAAGCCUUACUGAAAAGGUCAGAAGUUUUGAAUCUGUAUGGAUCUACUGGUCUGAACAAUGUUAUACAUGAAUUAGACAGAGAGGGUUUUCCAGAGUUGAAGCAUCUAAAAAUUGUGAAUAAUGAUGAAAUGCAAUACAUCAUUAAUUCCAUGGAUCAGAGAUAUCAUUCUCAGAAUGCUUUCUUUCCAAGUUUGGAGUCAUUACAUCUUGAAAAUCUAAGGAAAUUGGAAAGGAUAUGGCAUGGUGAACUCUUAACAAAUCCUUUUGGCCAAUUAAGAGUUGUGAAAGUGAAAGAUUGUGAAAGAAUGAAGAAUCUCUUGUCAUUCUCCAGUGUCAGAGCGAUUGAGGAGAUCAAAGUUAUUAAUUGUAAGAUGAUGAGUGAGAUAGUUACUUAUGGAAGGAAUGACGAUAAUCCCCACAGAAUCUUGGCGAAGAUUGAGUUUCCUCAUUUACGUUCCUUGAUAUUAAAAUCUUCUCCGAAUCUUGCUCAUUUCCCUUUUUCCAAAUUGGAAACUACUUUCACUGGUCACAGGAAAGAGGAGCCGUUAGAUGUGAAUCGCCCCCUGCCUUUUUUCUAUCCCAUGGUUGCAUUGCCUAGCUUGAAGGAUUUGAAGUUGUCCACCCUGAACUCCGAAAAGUUGUUGCCGGACCAUCCUCCGGAAAACUUUAACAUGCAGAAUCUAACAAACUUGAAGAUUCAUGGUUGCAACAGUUUGAAGUAUCUCUUGUCUUUUGCUAUGGCCAGAAACAUUGUACAGCUUGAGCACCUAGAGGUACGUGGAUGCAGUGUUAUGGAAGAUGUACUAGCCAUAAAUGACAAAGAGAGGAUGGUAAAAGAGGAAAUGCUUCCCAAUCUUGAGUUCUUAGUGCUUGACGAUCUCCCAAACUUGGAAAGAUUUUGCUCCAAAAGUUGGGCGGAGUUUUCAUCCUUGGCUAGAUUGAGGAUAACUAAUUGUCCAAGACUGGAAAUUGAAGAUUCUAUUUGGAAGCUGCCUCAGUUGAAAAGAUUGAUAUUGAAGCUGAUUAAUGUUGCCCAGAAAGCAAAGUGGAACUGUCAAUAUGAAAUUGAUCAUGAAGGUCUAAAUGACGAUGAUCAAGAACAAGCAGGAAUAUUUCCCGGUUUGAAAUUACUAGUUCUAGAUGAGGUGACUGACAGUUUGAUGGAUUCAUGGAAGAAGAAUAACCAUCCUGCAGGAAGAGCCUUCCAGAAUUUGAAAUAUUUAGUUGUACUCCGAUGCCAUACGUUAAAGAAUCUAGUCCCAGCCUUCCAAGCUUUGAGGAUUCUGGUGGUGUCGAAAUGCCAUCAAAUGGAAUAUUUGUUAACACCAUCAACAGCUAAAAGUCUGACUCAACUGAGAACGAUGGUGAUAGGAAAAUGCGAAAGGAUGAUUCAAAUAAUAGCAGAUUAUAAUGGAAGUGAAACAGAGGAGGGUACUAAAAUUGUUUUUGAUGGGCUGGAAGAGUUGGAACUUUAUAAUCUACAAAAACUCAGGAGUUUCUAUUCAGGGAGUUGUGUAAUGAGAUUUCCAAAUUUGGAACGGGUAAUUUUCAAAUAUUGCCCUCAGAUGGUGAGUUUUUGCGAAGGAAAUAUUAGCACCCCAAAACUGAAGAAAUUAAUACUGCCUUCGGAAACCGAACAUUUAUUAGACCUAGGUGAAGAAAAAUUUUUGAAAGGAGCUAUGGACAGUGGCCUUGAUGAAGAUGGCGAAUUGCUUCUUGACCACUACGAAUUUAGUUCUUUCCCAGUGCAACAGUUAGAAGAGGGUGACAUUAAUGCUGCCAUAAGAAAGUUAUGGCUGAACUACCAAGGUUGAAUCUCAUCGACUACAGUCAAAACUAUUAGCAGAAAAUCCAAGGUAGGAUAUUCCUCGACUGCUGAAUCUGGAAUCAUUCAAGACUUUGGACCUUAAUUUCUGUUGAGCCGAAAAUUAAUUUGGUUGACCAUUCUGAAUAUCGACAGUUAGGAGGUCUGGUAGGUGGACUAGUAAAGGAUAAGAGAUUACAAGGUCAUAGAAGUUCCAAGUUUUUGCAUUACCCAUUUCUACCCCUAAUGCAAAACUUUAUUUUCAAAUAAAAACCACCAUGUGGGUUAUUUUCCUGUUAGAUAUUUUGAGACAGAAAAAAAUGUGGUUCUCUGAAACAUUACCUAUAGUUGUAAUCCAUUUAAUGUGAGGUCGUUCAAUUUAUUUCCAUAUUUCAUUUGUACAAAGUUUAAACUGGAGCUUAUGAGUUAUUGAUGAACUUUUUACUACA